GUUGUCGGGAUCGUGAGUGUUUUUCAGAGGAUCGACUGCAGUUCGCAAACCUAGAAAAACAAAACUAAGUUUACGAUGAUCCAAGGGUUGUGUUUGCUGCUAACGAUAACGGCGGGGGCGAGAUGGGCGGCAGGGCAGUCCUCCUACUGCAGCUUCACGCCUGAGCACACGCUGUGCGGCGCGUCUGGUCUCGGCCCCACCUGCGGGUCCCAGGUGCCGGGGCGAGGCGUGAGUGCCCAGGACGCCGCCCUUAUCGUGGCGAAACACAACCAACUGCGGUCCCGGGUGGCCAUGGGGCAGGAGGGCCGUGGAGCGCCCGGGCCGCAGCCGCAGGCAGCCAACAUGAGGCUGAUGGAGUGGGACGACGAGCUGGCUUUGGUUGCUCAGGGUCAUGCCGACCAAUGCAUCUUCGAGCACGAUUGUUCGGACUGCCGUCGCGUCCGGAGAUUUGGUGUUGGGCAGAACCUUUAUAUAAGUAUGGAGAGCAACUUCGACAAACGUAGCAAGUGGGAGGAUGCUAUCCAGGCCUGGUAUGAUGAGGUCGGUGAUUUCAACUCGCGAGACGUUGAGCCUUUUCGGUUCUCGGGUCAAACGGGUCACUACACCCAAGCGGUGUGGGGGACCUCUUUCAAGGUAGGAUGCGGCUUCUCCAUGUAUAAGGAAGGCGGCUGGUGGAAGAAGCUCUACACCUGCAAUUACGGUCCUGGUGGAAACAUCAUUCGACAGCAGAUGUACCGUCGGGGGUCGCCGUGUUCCGCCUGCCCAGCUGACACUACCUGCUCCCCGAAGUAUCCAGGACUCUGCGGUAAGUCCAACAGCAGGAGAACUGGUAGCUCUUUUUGUAAAGGACAAUUAGAAUCUGUUGUGUAUGAUCUUCCGAAAAUAAAAAAAAAAUCAUUAGAUAUUAUCAUGCAGAUAUAUCGAAUCGAAUCACCGAUGAGGCAGUUGCCGUACAUAGCUCUGGUAGAGCGCUGGCUUUGCAAUCUCAAGGUCCCGGGUUCGUGCCUGGAGUUCAUUCAUGUCACUCCAGAAAUCCAGUUACAUGAUUAA